AUGACUGCAGUGGCUUCUCCGCCUAGCGUGCAAUCGGGGCCUCGACUAGGAUGGUAUUCUACUGGUAACGCAGGACAGGCGGCUCUUGGAUCGAUGAAUACGGACGACGUGUCCCACAUGUUUUUGCCCCGAAAAGGUGUGCAAAGAACGAAUUCGUCUUCGUCGCUAUCGUCUAAUUCCUCAACCUCUUCUACGUCUACUGUCACACAUGCCGCAGCUAAUGGUGCUACGACAAACGGUACUUCAUCAGCUACGUGGUCAUCUAAAAAGAAAAACGGCCGUGGCCUGUGGCCGGCCUCCAAAUCCGAGCCAGUCUCUGGAAUAACGAAUGCGCGUUCGCAGCCGGUCUCGUCCUCGACUUCGGUAAACGGUGGACCCACAGCCUCGUCGGCUAUGUCUGCUAUCCACCAACCUUCACCGGUUGUGCCGUCUCAACACAUGGUGCAGUCGCCUCAACAAAAUGGAAUGGGAGCGAAUCCUGGCAUGCAGGGAUCGUCGGAUCCCCCUGCGAUCUUGACGCUGAGCCCUCUGAACGGCACUUUUGAGAAAAAACAGAUCAACGUCCCGUACUUUCCCGAAGUACUGCGCAUUGGGCGUCAAACAAAUAAUAAAACAGUCCCUACACCUGUGAAUGGGUAUUUCGACUCCAAAGUGCUGUCGCGACAGCACGCAGAGAUCUGGGCUGACCGUCGGGGCAAAAUAUGGAUUCGAGAUGUGAAAUCCUCCAAUGGAACAUUUGUCAAUGGCCAGCGGUUAUCACUGGAAAGCCGAGAAUCCGAGCCGCAUGAACUGCGAGAAAACGAUUCCCUUGAAUUGGGUAUCGAUAUUGUGAGCGAAGACCAAAAGUCCAUUGUCCAUCACAAGGUAUCCGCCAAGAUUGAACAUGCAGGAGUAUACGGUGUGGGUCCGAGUAUUUUGGAUCUGAAUUUUGGAGAUAUCGAUCCCACAUCCGGGGGUGGUUUGUUGCCCUCACCUCUGAGCCAGCCGCUCUUCCACAUGCGGGGACGAUCAAGUAGCUCCCUUAGUAACCGCAGUGCUCAAAGCGCGGCCAGCAGCCAAAUCAAUGCUCUUCACCAACAACGGCAGCUGAAUUACUGGCUUUCUCCCAUGACCAUCGAACAGGUGGUUAAGAAAAUAUCUUCGGAGAUGAAGCAGGCCAAGCAACACUCUCAAGACCUUCGUGAGACAGACGAAUUUCUGCACACACUGAUUUCUUCGGACUCGCCAGACAAAGAGAAAAUGAACAGUCACAAGUCGGAUAAUGCUGUCCGACAAGUAAAUGGCCGGUCCAAGGUGCCUCGGUUAGAUCCAAUCUCCAGGUUCUCUGACCCUCCAGCUCCACCCCCACAGCAGCCCUUGCCGGAAAAGCCUGAUGCUGCACGCCGUUCUUCACAUGAGCCAGCUGUAGGUGCGUUGAAGCGAGCUGACACAGAGAAGCCAUCAAAGUCAGGCUCUGCUGUGAGUUCUCCGGUUUCCCGAGAAUCCAGCCAAAUUAUCAGCUUGAUAGAGGCAUUAUCAACAACAAAGAAAGAAUUGGAAGCCCAGAACAGUCGUGUGAAAGAGCUAGAAGACCUUUUGCGGCAAGAACGUUCUGCUCGAGAGAGUGCAGAAGAAAAAGCAUUAUUACAGUUACAGCAAGGCCGCUCCGAAGAUGAGGCUGCUCGUGAAAAUCCCGAUGAGGAUUCAGCUGAGCAGGAAGUUCCUGAAGUCGAGGAAAUCACCAAACCUCAUGACACCCACGAAGUCAAUGGGCUACUUGAAGAUAUCGAGACAGAAAAGAGCGAGCAUCCUGUGCUGGACGCCCAAACAGAAAAGUUGCAAGAGCAGAUUAAUAAUAUGGUGACAGAGUUGGUGGAGAUGAAGCAACAAGUCGAAACGUUCAAACAGCGGGCAGAAAAGGCAGAGGAUGAAAGUGCCGAGACUCGCAAAUCUCUUGCUGAGAUGAUUGAAAGCAUUAGACGCGAACGAGAAGCACAGGCCAAGACGACGCCACCAAACGAAGCAUCGUUGACAGAGUCGCACAUUUUGGACACAGCUGGCGAGAAGAAACUCUCUCCGGCGUCUCACGGAGCCGACUCGCGACAUUUGAAGGAAGUUGAAAACGCGGUGACAGCAUUGACACAAAAACAGAGGCACAGCCUGGUAGAAAAUUCAACGCCAUAUGCGUCGAUGCUCGGGGUUGUGCUUCUUGGAGUAGGCUUGAUGGCCUAUCUUAAUGGAUGGCAGAAGAUUGAAAGAUGA